AUGUGCAUGUCCUCAGGCACAAAAUACAGGAAAACGUGCAGCGAUGGUGCUAGCAUCUUCCCAGGUAGCAGCAUCCUCUGUUGGCAUACCUUCCCACUGAAUUAGCCAAGUAGUGAUGCGGUGCUUCUUUCUUGUGUGAAAUUCCAUGUCAAGAUCACAGAGAGGUUUCCACAUGAUGUCACCGUGCUGGUCAAAUUGGGGCAAAGUAGUGGAGACUGGAAUUCCAUCGCCGAGUCUCUUCUUCAGCAAGGAGACGUGGAAUACAGGGUGAAGCUUUGAGGAUGGUGGCAGAUCCAAGCAGUAAGAGACGGACCCAAUCUUGGCAACAACUUUGAAUGGCCAGUAGAACCGAGAUGAUAGUUUAUGAACUGUUCUCUUAACCAAGGAUUUUUGUCUGUAAGGAUGAAUUUUCAGAAAUUCCCAAUCGCCCUCCUUGAAUUCUCUCUCAUUUCGCUCUGAUCAGUGCAUUGUUUUAUUCUGUUUUGUGCCAGUGCCAUAUGGGAACAGAGAUUAAGAAGAAGUUCAUCUCGAGCCUUCAGUGAAGUGUCUACCUUGUGGACCUUUGUUGUGCCAGUAUGUAUUUGGAAAUAGAUGGUGGGGGUUUUCCAUAUAGUGCCUGAAAUGGAGUUGUGUUGAUGGUUGAUUGAAAUGUUGUGUUGUGCCAGUACUCGGCCCAGUGGAUGAGAGCUUUCCAAGUUGAGGGUUUGUCGAAGACAAAGCACUGCAAGUAGUGUUCCAGGGACCUGUUGACCACCUCUAUUUGUCCAUCUGAUUGGGGGUGGUAUGCUGAACUGUGAUAGAGUUGUGUCCCUUGGAGUCGGAAGAAGUUUACCCAGAAGUUGCUCAAGAAUAUAGGGUCUCAGUCACUGACAAUUCGUUUAGUCAUCCCAUGAAGCCGGAAAAUCUCCCUUGUGAAUGUCUCUGCAAUCUGAGCUGCUAUGAAUGGGUGAGAGACCGGAAUGAAAUGGGCAAACUUCGAGAGGCGAUCAACCACCACCACGGUUGCAUUGUAUCCAUGAGAAUCAGGCAAUCCUUCCAUAAAGUCCACGGAGAUGUCUUCCCAUGUAUCCUCAGGUAUAGGGAGUGGUUGCAGAAGGCUUGGGGGAUGUAUAGCCUCAUGAUUUUUCCUUUGGCAUUGAUCACAGGAGGCCACAUAGAGUUUUACCUUCUUCCGCAUUCCAAGCCAAGCAAAGUUGCGGGAGAGACGAUGUCUUUUCUGCAGGCAUUGUCAAUGUGGUGGAUGCUAUCAAAGAUCGGUGCUGAAGCUAUUUGGAUUGCCAUUAGCUCAUGUUGUCUUGAUAAGAUGUCAGGUGAAAGCACCCCAAAACUAUUGUAGACCAUGGGCAGCACUAUUACAUAGAUGAGGGACAAAACGCCAACUGCAG